AUGGAUAAAAUCGGUUUUAUCAAAAAGGAUAUGUACAAUCUUGAAUGUAGUGUGAAUGGGAAGCUGAGGAACCACGAUGUUGAACUAGUGACCGAGUAUUUUAUGGCUGAACAGAAAAAAAAUGAGGCUUUUUAUUUCAAGAUUGAGGGAGAUGGCGAUAACAGGUUUAGUCGAUGUUUUUGGGCAGAUGCAACUUCUAGACGGGCGUACGGGUUUUAUGGAGAUGUUGUUGUAUUCGAUACCACAUUCAACACGAAUAGAUACGACUUGACAUUUGCACCAAUGUUGGGAGUUAAUAACCAUGGUCAAACAAUUGUCCUAGCAUGCGCAUUUUUGAGCAAGGAAACGACUGAGUCGUUUAUUUGGAUGUUUGAGGAGUUUAAGAAAGCCAUGCCAGGUGGCGAACCUAAAACGAUCAUCACAGAUCAAGAUGCGGCAAUGAGCAGAGCGAUUUCAAUAGCCUUCCCGACUACAUUUCAUCGACUUUGCAUAUGGCACAUCACAUCAAAGUUCUCUGGUAAGUUACCACAUUCUGCUUAUAAGGAGUAUUGGGGUGAAUUCCAGAAAGCCAUAUGGGAUACUGACAAUAAGGAUGAGUUUGAUGCAAAAUGGAAUAUUGUGGUUACAAAGGCUGGUUUGACUGACCAUCCAUGGCUAAGUUCAAUGUUUGAUUUAAGGGAAUCUUGGGUUCCAGCCUACGCACGACACUUUUUUGCCGCUGGAAUGUCAAGCAGCCAAAGAGCUGAAUGUUCUCAUGGUUUCUUCAAGCAAUACAUAUCAAGGAAAAAUUCGUUGAUGGAUUUCAUAAUAAGAUUUGAGAGGGCACUUUCUCAUCAACGUCAAAAAGAGUUAGUUGCUGAUCACGUAGAUGCAUUUGAAGUGGCUCAAUGUAUUCUACCGAUGCCAAUGAACAAACAAAUGGCUACCUUGUACACAAGGACAAUGUUUCAAAAGUUUGAGCAAGAACUAAUACAGAGUACAGCAUGUUUCCUAGAGCUGAAAACAGAGGAUGCUUCUAAAGUUGUCUUUAAUGUGAGCGAAAGGAAAAAUUGGGAAACAAGAGUGGCAGAAGUCGUAUAUGUCAAAGAUUCUGACCACGCAUCGUGUAGCUGCAAAAGAUUUGAAUUUGUUGGAAUUAUUUGCAAGCACAUCCUAGCAUUGUUCAGAAGGGACCAGAUUGAAUAUAUGCCCGAUAAAUACAUUUUGAAGAGGUGGAAGAAAAGUGUGAAAUUUGGAUUGGUGUCAGAUGCAAAUGGCAACGAAAUUAAAGACUCUGCAGAUCCUGGUCUUUUAAUAAAGCGGAGUACAAUGUCCCGACUUGCUGCAGAUGUGGUUGAGGAUGCAUUAAUGUGUGAAGAAGGAUGUGAGCUACUGUCAGAGACUCUAAAAAGUUUGCGGGUGAAGUUGAAGUUGUUGAAGGAUGGACCAAGUAAUAACGAAGUUGGAGGGUCCAGCUCUCAAACACAGUAUAUGAAAUACCCUAAGAGAGUAAGGUGCAAUGGAGGGUCGAAACGAGUAACGGGAGCAAAGGAAAAGGCAAUGAAGCGAGGGAUUAGACACUGUCGGGAGUGUGGACACAUUGGUCAUGAUAGAAGACAAUGCCCAAGAAAUUUAAACACACCGACAUCACCGUCGAACAAUGACGAAUCAACUCCAAUAGAUCUUAGUGACCCAUUAUUCGAUGAAUUUUACAGGAUGCACGGACCAACUCAAUGA